GGACCAGGAUGGAGACGCGCCGCGCGGGCCUCGUGCCGCUGCUGCUGCUCAGCCUGGGUUUCCAUCUUCUACAAGCAGUUCUUGGUACCACUGUAAUUCCAUCGUGUAUCCCAGGAGAAGCCGAAGAUAACUGCACAGCUUUAGUUCAGACGGAAGACAAUCCACGUGUGGCUCAGGUGUCCAUCACCAAGUGUGGCUCUGACAUGAAUGGCUAUUGUUUACAUGGACAAUGCAUUUACCUGGUGGACAUGAGUGAAAAUUAUUGCAGGUGUGAAGUGGGUUACACUGGAGUCCGAUGUGAACACUUCUUUCUAACGGUCCACCAACCCUUGAGCAAAGAAUAUGUGGCAUUGACUGUGAUACUUAUCAUCUUGUUUCUCGUCAUAGUUGCUGGUUCCAUAUAUUAUUUCUGCAGAUGGUAUAAACAUCAGCAAAGUAAAGAAUCAAAGGAGUAUGAGAGGGUGACCUCUCGGGAUCCAGGAUUACUACAAGUCUGA